AUAUCGAUGACAGCAUCGCUCAGGGGGGUGUGUGUGAGUGUAAAAAAUCGCCGUAUCAACAACUCAGCAGUGGGAAAUUCUGUAUCGAAAAGCAGUUUAAGCAAAUAGUAAUGGAAGCACUGUACAGCUUACCCUUCUUUCUGUUCGAGGUGCCGAACCUGAAGCUUAAGCGGCCAUCAUGGCUCCAUCAGCCAUCCGCGAUGACGGUCUUCUCGUUCGUGCUGCUCUCCUACUUCCUAGUCACCGGAGGCAUUAUUUACGACGUGAUCGUUGAGCCACCGAGCGUCGGUUCGACGACGGACGAGCAUGGACAUUCGCGGCCGGUCGCGUUCAUGCCGUACCGGGUGAACGGCCAGUACAUCAUGGAGGGGCUUGCCAGCAGCUUCCUGUUCACGAUCGGAGGACUCGGCUUCAUCAUCAUGGACCAGACGCACACGCCGGGCAAACCGAAGCUGAACAAAAUUCUGCUCAUAGCCAUGGGCUUCAUCUUCAUCGUCGUGUCGUUCAUUACGACGUGGAUUUUCAUGCGAAUGAAGCUUCCGGGCUAUCUGCAGCCGUAAGGGGGCAAGCCCGGUCGGUUGAGAGGGAGUUUCGAGGUGUCUCAAGUGUAACUGAUAAGUCAAAACUGUCCUUCAAAACGAUAGAAAUACAAUUUUAUUAUGAAAUUGUGCGCUCUCACACAUACACUUAAAUUAAA